AUUAAAACAACCUGACAAUUCUAAAAUAGCAAUAGAAAUGGUGGCGAACGAACUUUCGGUGGCAAUGAAAACAGGAAAUGGCAAUAGCAAAAAAGAGACUGCGAGUAAUUUUUAUGCACUUCAUCAAAAAAAGAUGAAAGAAAGUACUGAAAAUAAUGGUUCUGUGUGGGAUGAUAUUUUAUUGUCUGCUAUUGACAGUGAUUUACUGUGCAAUAUCUGUUUUGAAAUCUUUAUUAAGCCGACUGUGCUUAACUGUUCACACACGUUUUGUGAAUCGUGCAUUUAUAUUUGGACAGACCGUGUCAUAGCAUGUCCAAUUUGUCGUGUGGAAGUUCAAUCAAAAUCAUAUUGCUUGACUUUAGAAAGUUUCAUUGAGAAGAUUGUUGAACAUUUGCCAAAGGAAAUUAAAGAUAAGCGUGAAGUAGCAAUAAAAGACCGCAAUAAUAUAAAAAUCGAAAGACCUCAUAGAUUAAACAGACGUUCAACACGGACAUUCAAUGCACAAGUUCUUGUUGACGAAUCGGAACUUUUCAGAAUGAAUUUACAUGAUACAGUGGUAAGCACUGGAGGUGUAAACCCUCUAAUGAGUUAUAUUGGUGAUGCCGAAGAAUACACGUUUAAUAGACGCAUAACUCGUCCAUAUAACUCUUCUACUCGUCACUAAAUUCAGGCAUUUCGUAAUUUUGUUUUAUGUUAUUAUUUUUUAAUCAAUGAACAUUAUUAUGUUGAUUUUUAAAUCUUGUAAGGGGGAGGGUUGGAUUAGUGGUGAGAACCUAAAAAAAACCUAGUUAAUAAUGCCCUAAAAAAAGAUUAAAGUGUAUGAAAAAGUAUUUUAAUUGAGACCCAAGCCACCCAAAUUUAAAGGUCUAGUCACACAUAUGUUUAUAAGCAGUUAUAUUAUACAAUUCGAACCUAUUUAAAGUAUAAAUAAUUUAUGGAUUGAUUGUCGAAUUUAUUAGGUAAACAAAUCGUAAUAUUGUCUUCACAGUGUCUUACUGUCUUCUCUUAUUUACAGUAUCAUGAUAUUAGCGUUUUUCUACUAUUGUUUGGACCUGGUUCAAUUGUACUUUUUAUUUAUGUCUUCAUGAUUAUAGAAAAUUCGUAAAAUGCAUCUAUAUAUUAUAAGUGUUAAUUCAUAAUUAUAUAACUACAUUUUUUAUGAAUAUAAACAACAGUGUUAUAUUUUUAGGGUUUUUCUAAAAAAGAUUAUUUAUACAAUUUGGGAUCUGACCCCACAUCCCCCUCUUGAAUACGCCCCUGUAAAUAACUUUAAUUAUUAUACCACUUACUCAUUUAACUUAAAAAUAAAGUAGGCACAUAUAUUCUAU